AUGCCGGAGUUUUUAGAGAACCUUACUUUCCAGAACGUUGCAUCCUUUGUAAGACUUGCGGGUCUAUCAGACGUGAGCGAAGUAGAUCGUUUCCUGAGGCGGAGGUGUCUCGAGGCACCACUCUCAACGAAUGUAAUUGAAGCCGCCGCUGGAAACAAGGAAAAUGGACGGGAGAUCAUGAGUCUUCUUCUUCGGGAUCGUGGAGAGGAAUUCAUGGUUACAGAGGGAGUCAUUGAAGCCGCCGCACGAAACGAGGGAAACGGGCAGGAUAUUAUGACCCUUCUUCUUCGGGAACGACCCAUGCGGCUCGCCUUACUAUUCCAUCUCACAAUGCUAUAUGAACGCGCAACCAUCUCCUUGAUUCCUCAAGACAUCUUGAUUCUCUUUCAAGUUUUCUUACUCGAUACGCAAGGACAUAUAGCACGGACCAGAAUGCAGGCAGGAGGCGGAUGUGGAAACUGCUCCGAUUGUACUCAGGCAGAGGAGCAAGCACGACUGAGAGCCGCCCAAGAAGCCGCACGCGAAGCUGAAAGACUCAAGGCCGAGGAAGCUUCCCAUCUCUGCACGGCCGAAUCUAUCCAUCCAACAUGUCCGCUCAAAAAAUCAAAUCACGAGCCGCUUGCUUGGUCCAUCGAGUCCACAGAUGUCCUAGACCAGAGCAACAGCCCAUUAUUCACCCUUCUCCCCCGCGAAAUCAGAGACAUGAUUUACAACUACGCCCUCACAGACACGACAUCAUACCCCGUGGACCGCGCUCGUCCCGAAAACCCCAAUCCCUUUGCGCGAUUCGACCGCGUCUCUGGAUACUCUCAAAGCCGUGCUGGCAUUGAUUUGUACGCUUCGAACAUCGCCAUCCCCCUGCUUUACACAUGCAAGGCAAUCUACCUGGAGACUUACGCCACCCCUCUACGCAUCAACCCUUACAUCACAGGAGAGCUAUCCGUCCAGAGGCAAAAGCGCAACUUGUCAACCUGGCAGUUGGCGCAAAUACGCAGCUUGGACAUUACGCUCCCGCAGCACGGAUUGGAGAACGGGGCUUUGAGGAAUUACCUGAAUGAGUAUUGGAACGCGACUUCACGAUCCCAGGGGCGUUGUAUCGUACCGUCAAGAGCUAUACGCCCAUCGGACAGAAAGCGAUGCGAAGAUCUGGAGUAUGCAAACAGUAAUAACAGUAUCUUGGUACCUGUAGCGGGCGGCGGCAGUUUGACAAAGAAGAAGAAGAGAGAUUUUAACCGCCUUGUCGAUGUUCUAGACGGCACUUCCAUGAUCAUCCCCCAGGAUCCCAUCUACCCAUGCGCUCGUACUCUCAAGGUAGCGCUCGCUCAACCUAUACGACACAUCACACUACGGCUAACGCACAGCGACUGGUGGACAUGGGGCAACGCGCCUACGGAUGACAAUUCGACCACUGGACACCUCCAUCUCGACCCAACAUUUGGUUCCUACCCAGACGGCCGCCCUUCAAACACAAGCAUGCGCCUCCGUGCCUCUGAGCGUCUGCGCAAUCGGCACCCCCGUCUCGACCCACAGUCCUGGGGCUCGCAUCUCGAGCGAGCACUCCCGGGUCUCGAGACGUUGGAGCUUGUGCUGGAGACGUGGAAAGUCAAGGAGGAGCAGCUCGAGUGUGUGGUGCAAUGUGCGCAGACGUGGAGGUUUUGUGAAGAAGAAGAGGGAGAUGGGAAGGAGAAGUGGGCGUUGGUUUGGGAUGGUGAGGUGGUGGAGAAACGAUGGAGUAGGGGAUUGCGAGGGUUGAGAUUGCCAAAGGAUGCGAGAUGGGUUGAUCGAUGUAAUGAUUUUGAGGUGAGGGUUGUGCGGUAUGUGAAGAAGGUAGUGGAGGGGGUAGUUUAG